CCUCCCCUCCCUUCGACGAAUGCAGCGGCUGAAAGCGACUUGGUAUAUUAACAGAUUGUUAGCCAAUUCGAUCAUGCUCUUUUUUUGAUCUUUUUAUUUCUCCCUUCAGUAUAGAGCUGUCUCUCGUUCAUUCGUUUCUUUCUUCUUAGCCACCACAUCCUCCUCUAAUCAUGUCUUCCCCUUCGCCCUCUCUUCGCAAGAGGGGCGGCAAGAAGGAGAGUACUCCCGUGCCUGCGGACAACUUCUCGUCUCCUUUCUCUUCUACCAAAGCGCCUCGUCCCCAGUCAGAAUGGAGCUAUUGGCUGGCCAUUGCCGUUCUGACUGUGCUGGCAUUUAUCACCCGGUUCUACAAGAUUUCGUACCCCAACGAAGUCGUCUUUGACGAAGUGCAUUUCGGAAAGUUCGCUUCGUAUUACCUCCAGCGCACGUACUUCUUCGAUGUCCACCCCCCGUUCGGCAAGCUUCUCUUCGCUUUCGUUGGAUGGCUGAUCGGCUAUGAUGGCCACUUUUUGUUCGACAACAUUGGCGAUUCUUACAUCGACCACAAAGUCCCCUAUGUUGCUCUUCGUGCUAUGCCGGCUACCCUCGGUGCUCUCACCGUGCCCGUGGUGUUUCUGAUCAUGUGGGAAUCCGGCUAUUCACUUCCUGCCUGUGUCUUGUCGGCCGGCCUCGUCUUGUUCGACAACGCGCACAUUGGCGAGGACCGCCUGAUUUUGCUCGAUGCUAGUCUGGUCCUGGCCAUGGCUUUGAGUGUUUUGUGCUAUGUCCGCUUUUACAAGCUGCGUCAUCAGCCAUUCGGCCGGAAGUGGUGGAAGUGGCUCCUCCUGACCGGUGUGUCUCUAAGCUGUGUCAUCUCGACCAAGUACGUUGGUGUCUUCACUUUCGUCACCAUCGGGUCUGCGGUCUUGGUUGACCUGUGGAAUUUGUUGGAUAUUCGUCGGCCUGGCGGUGCUCUGAGCAUGGCCCGCUGGAGCCAGCACUUCGCCGCUCGCGCUUUCGCACUCGUUGUUGUGCCAUUCUUCUUCUACCUGUUCUGGUUCCAGGUCCACUUUACCAUUCUGAACCGCUCUGGUCCUGGUGAUGACUUCAUGACCCCGGAAUUCCAAGAGACUCUCAGCGACAACGCCUUGACUGCAGACUCCAUAGGCAUUCAGUACUAUGACACCAUCACUAUUAGGCACAAGGACACCAAGGUUUUCUUGCACAGCCACCUGGAGACCUACCCGCUUCGCUAUGAUGAUGGACGUAUCUCCAGCCAGGGCCAGCAGGUUACUGGUUACCCUUACAAUGACACAAAUAACCACUGGCAGAUUGUCCCCAUGGUCCCCUUCGACGUCACUGACAUCAGCGGACACCCCGUGCGCAAUGGUGAUGUUGUCCAGCUUCGUCACUUGGGCACUGACACCGUGUUGCUGACCCACGAUGUGGCCUCACCUUACUAUCCGACCAACCAGGAAUUCACCACCGUUUCUCACGAACUUGCCAACGGUGAGAGGCACAAUGACACUCUCUUCGAGAUCAAGAUUGAGAACGCGAAACCUCAACAAGAGUUCCGAACUCUUUCGAGUCACUUCAAGCUGAUUCACAUGCCAACUCGCGUGGCCAUGUGGACGCACACAACACCUUUGCCGGAAUGGGCCUUCAAGCAGGCCGAGAUCAACGGCAACAAGAACAUUCUCCAGACUAGCAACCUCUGGUAUAUUGACUCCAUUGAGUCUCUUGAAGAGGGAAGUCCCCGUCUUGUGAAGGAAGAGCGCCAAGUGAAACACCUAUCUUUCUUCCGCAAGUAUUUCGAGCUGCAGCGUGCUAUGUUCCACCACAACAAUGCCCUGACCUCCAGCCAUCCUUAUGCCAGUGAACCUUUCCAAUGGCCCUUCCUUCUUCGUGGUGUCAGCUUCUGGACCAAGAACGAUACUCGGGAGCAAAUCUACUUCUUGGGCAACCCGAUUGGCUGGUGGAUUGCGAGCAGUCUCUUGGCCGUCUUCGCCGGUGUCGUCGGUGCCGAUCAAUUGUCUCUCCGACGUGGCGUGGACGCUGUGGAAGAAAUUUGGGGGGUGGGUGCCCGUUCCCGCCUGUAUAACAGCACUGGCUUCCUGUUCCUAUGCUGGGCGGCUCAUUAUUUCCCCUUCUGGCUCAUGGGUCGCCAGCGUUUCUUGCACCACUACCUCCCUGCCCACCUUGCUUCCGCCCUCGUUGCCGGUGCCCUCAUCGAAUUCAUCUUCAACUUGGAGCCGAUCUCGGUGGUAAAAUCAGUCCCCCUAGAGGACGAUUCGACGGGCAAGUCCAAGGCUACUGCCCGAAUCACUCACUUUGUGACUGCUUCUGAGCGCCUUGGAACCAAGUCUCUGAUUGCGGCCUGGGCUGCCACUCUUGUAAUCCUGGCCGCCACCAUCUAUGGCUUCGUGUUCUUCGCUCCGUUGACCUACGGUACCCCUGGUCUGGAUGUUCCAGGUAUCUUGGCCCGCAAGUGGCUGGCAUAUGACCUCCAUUUUGCCAAAUAGAUAGAAUGAAAAUGCGCUUGCAGUCAGCACAGCGCUGAAAGUGAAGACUCUGCAUAUUCAGAGUAGGUAGUCACUUGUGAUGAGAUGUGUUGGGGAGUGUACGAAAUAUUUUAGAAUGGCUGUGCUCAUAUAGUGCGCUUUGAUCAUGAGCUGAAGGAGAGAUUUCUGAGUGUGUCUCCUGCCAGCGCUUCCAUCUAUAUCAUUAUUAUUGAUCCAGUCACUGCUCUGUACUAUAACCUCUAUCUGAAAUGUCAACAUUGUG